GCACUGGUCCGACGCGGAAGUCGGAGCGCGGUUGGCGUUGGCUGGCGCUGUAGUCGCAAACAUGGAUUCAGCUCACAGAAUGUGCCAGAUACUGUUCUGAUAACGUUUUAUAACUUUUCUCUGAACUCCCACAAUAAAUCUACAUGGUGGGUCCUGCUGUAAUAGCAUUUUAUGGAUGAAGAAACAGCACAGAGGGGUUAAGUCAUAUGUCUCAAGCUACACAGGGUGCAGUUGGUGGGAAACCCGAGCCUGUGGGGUCAUCAUGCGUUGGUGUCUCCACACUAUGCUGUUGUAUUUUUAUAAAUGGGAAAAUACUGAUUUUUGUUAAACAGCGGUAAGAGGUGAGAGAAGUCGUACUUGGAUUUGUUGGGAUAUCAGAAAAGAAAGGAUUUGCAUCUGCAAAAUCAUUGGCUGCCAUCGAAGCCUGUUUGAGACCAGCCUGUGCUGGCUCCUUCAUGGUGUCGAUCACAGUUAACACUUAGUUCUGCACAGCUCAUUUUUCUUCAGACACAAGAGCCUCCCUGUGCCGGGUAUCAUGGAAGGGCUGCUGACAAGAUGCAGAGCGCUGCCCGCCCUGGCCACCUGCAGCCACCAGCUCUCUGGGUACGUCCCUCACAGGUUUCACCACCGCACCCCGGGGAGAGGGGAGCGCUUGGUGCUGUCCCGCAUGUUCCAGCCCCAGAACCUUCGGGAAGACCAGGUGCUCUCUCUUGAGGGCAGAUCUGGUGACCUGACGUGUAAGAGCCAGCGGCUGAUGCUGCAGGUGGGCCUGAUCCACCCGGCAAGCUCCGGCUGUUACCACCUCCUGCCUUACACUGUCCGAGCCAUGGAGAAGCUCGUGCGGCUGAUAGACCAGGCGAUGCAGGCCAUUGGGGGGCAGAAGGUCAACAUGCCCAGCCUCAGCCCAGCAGAGCUCUGGCGAGCCACCAACCGGUGGGACUUGAUGGGCAAGGAGCUGCUGAGACUGAGAGACAGACACGGCAAGGAAUACUGCCUAGGACCAACUCACGAGGAGGCCAUUACAGCCCUGGUCGCCUCCCAGAAGACACUGUCCUACAAGCAGCUCCCGUUCCUGCUGUACCAGGUGACGAGGAAGUUUCGGGAUGAGCCCAGGCCCCGCUUUGGUCUUCUCCGUGGCCGAGAAUUUUACAUGAAGGACAUGUACACCUUUGACUGCUCCCCCGAGGCCGCCCGGCAGACCUACCACCUGGUGUGUGGGGCCUACGACAGCCUGUUCCACAGGCUGGGGCUGCGCUGCGUCAAGGUCCAGGCAGACGUGGGCAGCAUCGGGGGCACCAUGUCUCACGAGUUCCAGCUGCCAGUGGACAUCGGGGAGGACCGGCUUGCAAUCUGUCCCAGCUGCAACUUCGCAGCCAACAUGGAGACUCGGCUCGCACAGACAAACUGCCCUGCUUGCCAGGGACCACUGACUGAAACAAAAGGCAUCGAGGUGGGGCACACGUUUUACCUCGGCACCAAGUACUCCUCCAUUUUCAAUGCCCAGUUCACCAAUGUCCACGGCAGACCAUCCCUAGCUGAAAUGGGGUGUUAUGGCUUGGGUGUGACACGGAUCUUGGCUGCUGCCAUUGAAGUUCUCUCUACAGAAGACUGCAUCCGCUGGCCUGGCCUCCUGGCCCCUUACCAAGUCUGCCUCAUCCCUCCCAAGAAGGGCAGUAAGGAGGAGGUGGCCACAGAGCUCACGGCGCACCUGUAUGACCACAUCACAGAAGCGGUGCCGCAACUCCACGGGGAGGUCCUGCUGGACGACAGGACCCAUCUGACCAUCGGAAACAGACUGAAGGAUGCCAACAAGUUCGGCUACCCCUUUGUGAUCAUUGUGGGCAGAAGGGCCCUGGACGACCCUGCACACUUUGAGGUUUGGUGCCAGAACACCGGAGAGGUAGUCUUCCUCACCAGAGAGGGAGUCCUGGAAUUGCUGAGCCAAGUGCAGGUUGUCUGAACGCCCCCACCCCUACCCCAGGCCUGUCCCACUCCAUCUUGCAGCCUUCGUGUUCGUUCUUAUGCUGCAUUUCUUAUACUGCUUUCUGGGGCUGGUCCCCUCCAGAAACAGGACCGCUCCUGGAAGGUGAGACUAAGUUAGGAAAACCAGUUGUUACUCAGUCAUUUGUUUGGACUAUUUGUAUUUAAAGUUGCUAACUUGACCCCUUUGUCUGCACUGGCCAGCUGCCACAUGCCAUUCCUUUGAUACUCCAUUGUGGAAGCUUCUGUUUCGAGGUAGAGAGGCAAGAAAGAGCCAAGCUGCCAUCUGGGCCCUCAGGCGAGUCACUUCCCUCCUCUCAGUGGAGUUUCCCAUGUGUAGGAUGGGAGUGGCCGACGGCUGAGGCCCUUCUGGCUCCGGAAGUCUGACCAUGGGCCUCUUGCCUUCAGUCCAGCUCUCCUCCAUUAAGAAGCUGGGCUGAGGGUCUGGAGAGAAGAAUCAGGACACCUGACUGCCACUGACUGACUGGCGACUUGGACCCUCCCCUGCUGGGGCCUCAGUUUCCCCAUCUGUGACGUGAGAAAAUGGAACUAGAUCUGUAAGACCCUCACAGGUGUGACUGGCUGGUUCCCUGAGAGGUUUGUGACAGGCAGAUCUGAUCCCUCUGUUCCUCCAUCAUCUAAGCUACCCAGAAAGUUAAUACAAUUAGCUAAUGGCUCAAAACCACCUCCAGAGACAUGGCCCUAUUGAGGCAGCUUAGCACUGAGAUCAUGUUGUAUUGAUUGAAUAAAGUCAAACUAUUGGGAUGA